AUGAACCAAUUUCACUGGGAGAAUUUACAACAACUAAAAAUUUGUUAUUGUAUUGAUAAAAUUUCAAUACAAAUUUUAAACCUUAUAAAUGCUGGUUUUUUAAAUGUUGUACUCCUAAAUAUUGAUUCAACUAAUGUUGAAAUAAUAAAGUUUCAUUUAAAUAUUUAUUUUGGUCGUGAAUUAUUUUCUAAUAUUGAAGAAGAAGUUUUUACUACUUAUGAGUGGAUUUCUGGAAUCGAAGAACCAGAUUGUAGAUCUUCUAAACCAAAAGAUGGAAUGUGGUUUCGGGCUAAAGAUUUUGAGGGAAAACUUAAUAAUGUUGAAGUAAGGCAAACUAUCACGAAAAGAAGAUUCAUAAAUGAACAUUACCAAAUCUCUGUUGAUACUAUUAAAGAAAAUGCAAAAGGUAAGUUAUUAGAUCUUCAGACAAUUGGUCUUGAAAAUCUAAACUGGAGAAGUAUGGAAAGUGCAGAUAAAUUGAGUUAUAAAGAAAUUAGAGAUACGAUCUAUGAAACAGUUCAAUAUGCAAGAAGAAUAAUAAAUGAACAAAAAAAGGGACUUUAUUUUUAUUCUAUAAAAGCAAUAUUCAAUAAUAAUAAAUAA